CAUAUUUAAGCAUUUGCGGUACGCUGGGCGUGUUUCCCACUGUUUCGGAUGGCCAGCAUUGCGGGAAAACGUAUUCAAAAAGAGUUAGCAGAGCUGAUGAAAUCAGAUGAAGCAGCACAGAAUCAGUUGGAAAUAAAACCUUGUAAUGAUGACAUGAUGCAUCUAUGUGGUCUCAUCAAAGGCCCACCGGAUACUCCUUAUACUGGCGCUGAAUUCAAUUUAGACAUUAUAAUCCCUGAAAAUUACCCAUUUGUUCCCCCAAAGGUUAAAUUUAUCACCAAAAUUUGGCAUCCUAAUAUUAGUAGUGCUACUGGCGUAAUUUGCCUUGAUGUACUGAAGGAUCAGUGGGCUGCUGCUAUGUCAUUACGCACUAUACUUCUAUCUAUUCAAGCAUUAUUAGCUUCUCCAGAACCAGACGAUCCACAAGAUGCAGUUGUUGCUAAUCAAUAUAAAAGUAGCAUAGACGCCUUUAAUCGAACUGCACGUCAUUGGGCAGGCAUUUAUGCUAAUGGACCUGGAUGUGAUCCUCAUUGUGUUGACUUAGUAGAUAAACUUGUUCAAAUGGGUUUUGAUGAGCAUGAAGCUUGUCGUGCAUUAUCCAUGAAGAAUUGGGAUUUAGCAAUGGCAACAGAACAUUUGAUAAAAUGAUCUCUUUUUAUAUUUAUAUAUAUAUUUUACACAUAGAAAUGUAUCGAUAAAUUCAUUGGUUCUAUUGAUAGAUUUAUUAUGUAACUAACCGUUUUGUUAAUAGUUAAACGUAUAUCAAUUUUAAUGAUGUUUACCACCUUCUUGCUUUCCUUUCUCCUCCUCUAUGUAUCCUUCUUCGUUCUCCCAAAUGAAUUGAAUCUGUUUAUUUCUGCUUUACUACUACUUGCCUGCUUCAUUACCUAUCUGUUAUUCUUUCAUUCAAUUUUCAAACUUUCAAUAACAAUGAUAUAACAGUGUUUUUUUCCAACUUAAAAGUUUUGGCGGCUAAUUUUUUUAAAAAAAUCUUAUUACCAUUAUCAUUGUUACUGCUUGUGUGUACAUUUUGUACAUUUUAAUGUUUAUACAUAUAUUAAAUGUUCUCUUGACACCACCACCACCACCACCACCACCACCACCA